UGGGGGCAGUCCCGUACCCCUCCUCCGGGCCUCCAGGCCGCUCGCCCGGGCUGCGGGGGACCCCGGCGAAUCACAUCCGAGAGGGGGGCGCGUGGGGCGGAGCCUUCCGCCCGCUGCCCUCCCGCCAGCUGCCGCACCUCUCGCCUAGCCCGCAGUCGCCCGCGCGCCCCGAGCCCCUCCAGCUCAGAGGCUCCCGCAGGCGAUGGCGGACGAGAGGGCGGGGACUCCGGAAGCCGCGGCGCGCCCGCCGCCCUGCCCUGCCCGGGAGGGGGACGCGCACACGAUCCCCGCGGCCCAGGCCCGAGAAGCUGGGGGGCGCAGGUCCCUCCACCCCGCAGCGGGCCCCGGGACCGCCUUCCUUUGCCCCUGGCGCGGGGAAGCGGCCUCCGCGGCGACUACUCCGAGCCUGGUAAACGGCCGGGUCCGGGACGAAGCCCCAGAAACCUGUGGUUCAGAGGGGCUAGGGGCUCGGGCGGGAUCCGGCGAGAAGGCCGAGGACGCGACCAUGGAGGAGGGCGCCAUCUUCCAGGAGGAGCCAGCGGAGGAGGUGGAGAAGCAGCAGGUGGGGGAAAAGCUGGUGGGGGAGGAGAACCAGGAGGUGGGAGCGGAGGCCCAGGAGGGCCCGGGGCUCCUGAACCUUGGUGCCCUAAUUGUGGACCCACUGGAGGCCGUGAGCGCCCAGACCGACAGGGCCUACCUCCGCCUCGAGCGCAGGUUUCGACGGAUGCACAGGUUGCACCUUGCCCGUAGGAGCUUCAUCAUCCAGAAUAUUCCCGGCUUCUGGGUCACCGCCUUCCUGAACCACCCGCAGCUGUCAGCCAUGAUCAGCCUUCGAGAUGAAGAAAUCCUCUGCUACCUGAUGAAUUUGGAGGUGAGGGAGCUCAGGCACUCCAGGACAGGUUGCAAAUUCAAGUUCCGCUUUUGGAGCAACCCCUACUUCCAGAACAAGGUGAUAAUGAAGGAGUAUGAAUGCAGAGCCUCAGGCCGAGUGGUGUCGGUUGCGACUCGCAUCCGAUGGCACCGGGGCCAGGAACCCCCGGCCCUCGUACACAGGAACCGGGACACUGUCCGAAGCUUCUUCAGCUGGUUUUCACAGCACAGCCUCCCAGAGGCCGACAGGGUUGCCCAGAUUAUUAAAGAUGACCUGUGGCCCAACCCCCUGCAGUACUACCUGCUGGGGGAUAGGCCCUGCAGAGCCAGGGGAGGCCUUGCAAGGUGGCCCACGGAGGCCCCUUCUAGGCCCUACGGGUUCCAGUCUGGCUAAAUGCUGCCUUGGGAUGUGGGGCCUACGUAAGGCUCCCUCCUGCCUCCUGUGUGUGGUGGAUCCGGGCUCAGGCCCAUGGUGAGCGCUCUUCUGUCUGCUGUGUGUUCUGUGCACUCCGGCUCUGCAUGUUCGGUGGACUCAGCUCUCAGAUUGUGGCCCUCGUGGCCAGUCUCUACUGUUUCCAUAUGGCCUCAUGCUGUUCUGUGUUAACAUCACGUGGCUGUCACAUGCUGCUACGUCUACACUAAGCACCUAGUGCUGUGGAUGUGCACUGCCAUAAUCUUUAUGGCGUGAACCUGUGACCAUGGCCAUCCCAGCCAAUUUUGACAAGGGCACCCACAAGUCACUACUUGGAGGACGGUGCCUCUUUGAGGCCUGUGCUUCAAGACUCCAGCCUGCUGGCCUUCACGUGUGUGCUGGUCGUGCUCACAGUAGCUCUACAUCCAGGCUGUGGCAAGCUGAGUGUCAUCACCCAAGAUGAAGUGGGUUCAUUUGGUGCCGGGUGCCACCCAGACUUGGACAUUCCAAGCCUCAAGACCACAGGCUACCACCAAGUGGACUCUUGGGUAUCUGGCAGGAUGAGCACACAGCUGUCUGCUGGGCAUGGGUGAGGUCAAGGGCAUGAAGCAGUGGACAGCACAUUCUUUGUGACCAUGCUGCUCCUCCUGCCCCACGGUGGUCAGACAUCACAGCCUGCUACUAGCUUGUGAGGGUCUGUGCCAUGCCCCAGCAAUGCCUGGCCAUCUCCUUUCCCAUGAGUUUUGCCCAGGCAACCAUCAGCCCUGUUGCUCACUCCCAGGUCUACAGGAACCUCCAUAGCUGCUUGUGGACCCAGGUGGGCCACCUGCCAAUGCACAGGAGAGCCCCUAAUCCCCAGGAACUCUGCCAAACUGGCCUAUCUGGGCAUGUGAGUGAGGCAGGGGCAAGGACAGGAUCCCCUCCUGAGCCCCAGUUACUGGACCGCACGGAAUCCAGGUGCUCUGCCAGCCCCCUGCCUCUACCUGUUAGGUUGCCAGGCUGUGGGUGCUGGAGAGGGGGGUCUUCCUGGUCCUGGGGCCUGUCCAUACCCAGAUCUCACACCAUUUUUUUCUUUAAAUGAUGGCUUAGAAACAAAAAAUAACAACUGAAGAAAAAGAUUUUUUCUUAAACUCAACAAGAAAGACUUUCGUGUUGAGUUUGCCUCUCUUCGUCUCCAGAGAGGGAGGGCUUGCCCUGUAGACCGCCAGCAUUCUCUCUUCCCCCAUACCUGACCCUCUUUAGCAAGGCCUAGAAUCUUCCAAAGGGGACAGCCCAAGGCUGCUGAAAAGAGAGAUCAGGAAGUCCCCUGGGCAGGGAUAGUUAAUA